CUCCCACCAAAAGAAAGAAAAAAUAAGUUUUUUUUCUAUAUUCCCUCCAUUUCUUCCUAAUGGUACCAGAAUUAGAGAAACCUCGAGUCACGGAGAUACAGGUCCGAAUGGACUGUAAUGGGUGCGUUCAGAAGAUCAAGAAAGCUCUUCAUGGAAUAAAUGGUAUAUAUGAUUUGUACAUUGAUUUCCCUCAACAGAAGUUGACAAUAAUUGGGUGGGCAGAUCCAGAAAAGAUUGUGAAAGCAAUUAGGAAGACAAGAAAGAUAGCCACAAUUUGCUCCCACACAGAACCAACACAAGAACCCCCACCACCAACCGAUCAACCUGCGCCACAAGAAGGUAACAACACCAAUCCUAAUGAACCACCACCACCCCAAGUUGCAGCCAACCCUCCACCGUCCGAACCCUCCCCACCGCCCGAACAGGCUCCCCCGGCCGAGCCCCCUAAGGACCAGCCGCCGCCUGACAACCCGCCGCCAGAGCCACAACCCUCCCCUGGGGCUGCAGGCCAGCCUGCAGCCUCAGGACCGAAAGAUGUGGGAGGUGUUCAUGUCAUAUACCAUAACCCACCUGAUUAUGGCUAUAGGUAUAGCUAUGGACACCAUGGCUAUAAUGCGUACUGGAACAAGUACCACAAUAGCCAAGGACACCCACAAGAGGGACCAGUACACGUGUCACCGGUCCCGGUACAUGUGUCACCCGUCCCACCCCCGCCGCAGCCACAGCUGCAACCGCAGCCGCCGCAACCGCAGCAGCAGCCGCAGCCAGUCUAUGUGACACAAAGCUACAACAUGCACACACCAUCGCCUUAUGUGACAGAAUAUGAGUAUGUCAGAUCACCACCAAGACCACAAGCGCAUUACUACCCUAGAAUGGAGCGGAUGUACAACAACUAUGAUUAUGACCAAAAUCAGUAUUAUUACUACAACAAUGGGAGUACUAGCAGCAAUGGGAAUAUCACGUCCAUUUUCAGUGAUGAAAAUCCUAACGCAUGUAGAAUAGUGUAAAACAAAAAAGAAGUUAGGUGCUAAAACGGAGAUAAGUACUGUUUAUUAUGCCUCCAAAGGGGUGAUGAUGAGGAAGUAAUUAAUCAAGUUUUAAUGGGGGAUAAAAGUAAUUACAUGUUUUUUAUGGGUAUAGUAGUGGUAUUUUUUAUUAAAUAUUAUAAGCAUGUGGGUAUGUUUAAAAUGGGAGGAAUUAGAUUCCAUGCUUGUUAGUGCUGGAAGAAUAGAUUCUGGAUUCCACUUGUGAGGAGAUCAUCAAGGCUAUUAUUGUGACUACAUGCUGCCUGGAAUUCAUUUUGUGUAAAAAGAAUCCAUAAAAUUAAAGCUAACUUUGUUCAGGAACCAGACUAAUUUG